CACGCCAGCCCCGUUCCAUUUCAUUCAGCUAUCACGCCUCCCACAGGUCUUACCUUGGUUUUUCAGUUUUAACUCUGUGUUGUGACUGUAGGAAGCACCUUUUAUAAAAUACAGAAGUGCCUUCAUAUUAUAGGGCUCUGGAUGAGCCAGGUUACGGAAACAAACACACACACACAAACACAGGGAGGAGCGUUUGGUUUCCCUGGCAGCGAGAGGAUGAGGAGGAGCUUUGGUUGGUUGUUACUCUGCCACAUAGUCAAACAACAGAGAACCAUCUGUGACUGCGGUCAAUAGAGGCCCCGUGGCCAUGGCUACAGACCCAUUAGCUGAGGCAGGCUUUUAUUUUGAUGAACUCAACAAGCUGCGAGUGUUGGAGCCUGAUGUCAGCCAGAAGACUUCAGAGCUCAAAGAAGAGUGCAAAGAGUUUGUGGACAAAAUUGGCCAGUUUCAGAAGAUAGUGGGAGGUCUGAUUGAGCUUGUGGAUGACCUGGCAAAAGAAGCAGAGACCGAAAAGAUGAAGGCCAUUGGAGCCAGAAACCUGCUGACAUCUGUAGCAAAGCAAAGAGAGGCCCAGCAGCAGCAGCUUCAGGCUCUCAUAGCAGAGAAGAAGAUGCAGCUUGAAAGAGAACUACUUCGCUGCAGCUCCUUUUCCGAAGCGGUCCCAAAACUCCGACGUCACGGACCUCCUCUGACUGCCUGCUGUUCCCACUGUGGACAGGUGUGUGCAUUUACAGUGCAGGGAGCUUCAAGUGCUCAUCUCUGUUGGCAUCAAAUGCCUCGACAUGUCACACCAACACUGAAGACGAUGGAGCUAUUUAUACAAAGAGAACCUAUUUAUACUAUUUAUACCUUAGUCUGUAUAUCUAGUUUUAUUACUUUUUGUAUCAAUGGAGAUUAAUACUGCAUGUGCAUGUAGCUGUAAAUAAGUUUCAGUUCAAGAAAAAUGAGCAGAUCAGGAUGUUUUUGUUUUAUUCCAUUGGUUGGUGCAGCCAGUACAUAAGAAACAUUCUCCUCAUUGUUUUCUCGUAUGUGUAUCCUUGUUAUCCAGCAUUCAUUUGAGAAAAAUGGUUAUACUUGAAUACUGUAUGUUGCACAAAAGUAUCACCUUUGCCUCCAAGCUGUAGAAGAGGUGUGUGAGCAAAGUUUAACAAUGUGCUAUUAAGUAUUGUGUUAAUAAAGAUUACUUGAUAUGCAAA